AUGGCUAUCGCACCUAUUGUUGGAGGAUUUCAGAGAAGAAUUGUAACCGAUAUUACCCUUGGAUUUGUAUGUGGGUUUACUUUAGCUUCAGCAUACUGGUACUUAGAACAUAAGCCUUUAGUUGCUAGAAGAGAAGCAUACUACAAGCAAUUACUGGCCCAGAAGGUAGCUGAAGAGUCGGCAUAA